AUGCGCCACAUUCGUGUUCGCAAUCGCAGUGGCCUGUCCGGCUUCACGGGUCGCGCUUCCGGGUUCAAGUUCACGAACGUCGUAAAGAAACUGAGCCCCCUGCCUCCCGGCCCAUCGAGGACUUCAUCCUGUCCGAUCCAGUGCUCCCCAUUUACCCCGCCAGGGCCACAUCGGCGACAACGCCAGCACCAACGCCAGCAGGCACCAAAGCCGACACCAAAGCCGGCAACAGCAGCAACAACAACAACAAAAACUACACCAGCACCGAUACGACCGACGUCGACCUGCGAAAAUGGUCAAUAUUUCGCAGACAGCCAGAGCUGCGCGCGCUUCUUCGUCUGCGUCCACGGGCGUGCUCUGCUGGUGCAGUGCCCCGGACCGCUGCUAUUCAAUGACCGCAUCGGUGUGUGCGACUGGCCGCGGAACGCGCGCUGUGCCGGCGACCGACCCAUUGCAGCAGAAGCGGCCGGAGGCGUCGCCAUGGACCGCUGGGGCAAGGUCACUUGCGUGGCCAGCGAGGGCUUCUACGCGAGCCCCAGGGACUGCGCCGAGUUCUUCCGGUGCCACCGAGGCAGCGCGCACCGGUUCGUGUGCGCGCGGGGUCUGGUGUUCAACGACGUGUACAAGACGUGCGACUGGCCCAGGAACGUCAGGCGCCAUGGCACCGGCCGCGGCCGGCGCACGUGCAGGUUCAGCAAGCACUGGCAGUACUGACACGGCUGUACUCCAUCGUCGAUUAUGUGCUUGGACAUUUGGGUCAACGUUGGUUUGUGUGACAAAUGCGGGAUGCCAGAAGUAACCGCA